AUGGACUUUGCCAAAAAUAUAUUACCCGGGUUGGGGGGUCCUACUUUAACUCCUGCGGUCAAGGAUCUCAAAUCCUUGAUUGAGGGCAGCCCUGAAUUUCUCAAACUUUCGACCGAGAUGUUUACUCAGGUUCGCCCUGAUAUUCUGGGUCUUGCCAACAACUUUAUCUCGUUCAUUUCCUCUUUAAAUAAUCUCGCCCAAAAUGCUCCUGUGUUCUCUUCCACUAGCUCUAAACACGGUUAUGCUGGCUGCCCCUUUACAGAGCUCUUAAGGCCAUACAUCAGUACACCUGCUGGCUACAAGCUCUUCGUGAACCCCAAGGUAAACGAUACUCUCAUAAAGAUUCUCGGGGAGUGGAACAUAUUUCUUUCCUCCUCGAAGUCCACAGAUGUUCUCACCGAGAAACCCAAUGGCUGGUUCAGCCCCGAAGCUCUUUCCGCCAUGCCGAACUUCGAAGCCACCUAUGUGUGCGACAGGAACUUACCAUAUUGGGAGUUUAGUUCCUGGGAUAACUUUUUCACGCGAAAGCUUUGGGAUGGUGCGCGACCAAUUGCGGAUCCACAUAAUCCCAAUAUUAUCACCAGUGCAUGCGAUGCGACGACUUAUCGGGUUGCGAAGUAUGUCAAAAAAGAGGAUAGCUUUUGGAUCAAGGAACAGUCGUAUUCACUCCACCAAAUGAUGAAUGGGAACCCCAUCGCUGAUCAAUUCGUCGGCGGGACUGUCUACCAGGGCUACCUGGGAGUAACCAGUUACCACCGAUGGCAUUCGCCAGUUACCGGUUUAGUUGCAAAAAUUCUGACUGUCCCCGGAACGAUCUGUGCCGUUCAAUCCGAUAGCACGGCUUCUACAGAUAUGCUCCGUGCGUCUCAGGGAUACGCAGCGCAUGUGGCCUGA